AUGAGUAUUGAUCAGAUUCUCCGUUCUAAAUUUGCCCUCAAUGCAGUUCGAUCAUGGUGGGGCAGAAAGCCAAAGGAAGUCGUUGCUUCUUCCAACGAUCCUUUGUUGAAUAUGUCAGCGGUUCAACUGAGUAAUAAGAUCAAGGAAGGAACGGUAUAAUUGAUAUAGCAAAAUGCAUAAUUAAUAUUUAGCUGACUUCCAAAGAAUUGGUGGUUAAGAUGAUUGCACGCUGCAAUGAGGUUAAUCCCAAGACCAAUGCUAUUGUAGAACUCUACGAAGAAGAUGCAGUUCGACGGGCUGAAGAAAUCGACCAGUAUAUAGCCAGGUUUGACAAGUCCAGUUCUGCUUUUGCUGAACUCAAGGCCAAGAAACCGUUCCUGGGGGUUCCUUUUACCAUCAAAAACAGUUAUGCAGUGAAGGGAAAGAAGCUAUAUUGUGGUCUUCAUUAUCGUUUGGAUGAAAGUCCCUGUGAUAAAGAUGCUGUGAUUGUGGAGAGGUUUGCAUUUAAUUACGGAAUAUAUUACAUUACAAUUUGAGACUCCGAAAAGCUGGCUCAUUUCCCCUUGCCUCCACAAAUGUCCCGCCUGCGGUGAUUGCAUGGGAAUCGGACAAUUGUAUCACUGGAAGAACGUCCUCCCCGUAUGAUUUGCGAUGCACAUCUGGAGGAUCUUCUGGUGGGGAGGGAUCUUUGAUUGCAUCACAGGGAUCGGUGAUGGGGAUUGGAUCUGAUAUCGCGGGAUCCAUUCGGAUGCCAUCCCUUCUGAGUGGAAUCUUUGGAAUCAAGCCUUUCAUUGAUACCAUCGAUCCUGAAGGUCAUUGGCCCGGAGGGCCUAAGGGGUCCGAAGUUAUGGAACUCCCGGGUUAUGGUCCCAUGUGUAGAUAUGCCGAGGAUUUGCCUGUUAUCUUUGAUGUGAGUAGCGAUAAAAUUAAAUUAUUAAUUUCCAUAGGCCAUUGCUGAUGUCCCCGCUCCAUCUGAUUUUGAGAAAAGAGCUCCAAAAAAUCUGAUCGUUUGUCCUGGAUUGGACACUGACUAUUGCCUUCCGUUAUCCGAACCUCAACGGGAUGCCUGGAGUACUGCUGUCAAAUUCCUGAGCAAAGAGUACGGGCUAGAGCCCAGUAAAUACACGAUGCCCCCAACCAAGGAUAUGAUGAAGAUGUAUCAGAAUACGGUGAUGCCUCACAUGUUCAGAGACAGCUUACUUGGAGUAAGUCAUCAUCGUUCGUAUACAAUGUAUUGAUGAUUUAGUAUGAGAAUGGAAGCCUUGAAAGAGAGAUGGUAAAGGCUUUGUUUGGCCUCUCUAAAUCCCGAAUGUCGGCUCUGAUGUUGGCUCAUCAAUUGGGAGUUUUGGUCCCAGAAAAUGAAAAGAGCAAAUGGAGUGACGCCAAGAAGAAAUUCAUCGAAUCUUUCUUCAGAGUAAGAAUUCAAGUCUAACAAAUGAAUUUCAGUUGGUGGAUAACGGCACUGUUUUUGUCUUCCCCGCCUUUCCGAAGACCCAUUAUUUCCAUAACGAGCCAAUCCCGGCUGUUUGGGAUACCUUUUACACCGCUGUUUUUAAUCUCCUGGGAGCCCCAGCAAUGGUUGUGCCGAUGGGAUUGGAUAAGGAUGGAUAUCCACGGAGUGUUCAGCUGGUCACUGCCCGAAACAAUGACUACCUCCUCUGCAAAGUCGCCUUGGAUCUCAGCAAGAAGUUUGGAGGAUGGACCCCACCUCGAGUUUAG